AUGCGGUUGAUUGAAGUUAGAGGAAGAGCCAGAGGUUUCGAGGAACAACCAAGAAUUCAAUCAUCGGAGAGCGAUGCACGUGAAGAAGAGGUCUUCUGGCGUGAAAACACGAUGUAAGUUUGAGCAAGUUUUAAAUAUAAAUCUAAAUGUCUGAUCUGCAAAGGGCAGUACAGCCCAUCUUCAGCAGGUAUGUGCUGUGCUCGUGCUAUGUGCGCUAGUGCGGUGAAUCUGUGCUGGUGAUAUAAAAAUGAAAAGUGUUCAAAUGCUCAAUGGCUGAUCCAUUCCUGGCCUGGGCCCUCAAGGCAAGCUUGAAGGCCUCUGUGUUGGCAGCUUCAAUAAUUGUUUCGGGAAGUUCGUUCCAUUCUUUAACGGAUCUGGGAAAAAGCUAUAUUUAUAUAUAUUAGUCCUGCAACCAGCACUUAUAAAUUUAAGUGGGUGGUAAUUUCUUGUUUGGCCUUCCUUCUGACUGAAGUACAAAUUCCGAAAAUAAGCCCCUCCAUGUAUAAGCCCCUCCAAAUAUAAGCCCCCCAAACUGGUUACGCAAAAAACCCUCCGUUAAAUCGCCCCUCCAACACAAAGUAGGGAAAGAAAGAACGGUGCCCUGAGGAACUCCUGAAGUUACAUGUACAGUCACUGGAGAAGAUGGUGAACCAUUAACAACAACUGUCUGAGUUCUUCCGCAAAGCCAGGAUUCUAUCCAUUUGAUCAGUUGUCCACGGAUUCCGUAGUGAUCUAAUUUCUUUAGGAGACGUUUGUGUGGGACCGUAUCAAAUGCCUUGGAGAAGUUCAGCAAUAAUACAUCAGUCUGUUUGCCAUGGUCUAAGUUUCUGGCUAGGUGUUUGAAUAUUGUAAUUAGCUGGCUUUCACAUGAGUGGCCCCGGCGAAUCCAUGCUGGUAGUUGACAAGUACAUGAUGCGCAUCCAAGUGACCCAUAAUAUGAUGGAAGAUAAUAUGCUCCAAGAUCUUACAGGGCACAGAAGUAAGAGAUACUGGCCUGUAGUUGCAGGAUUCUUUCUUACUGCCUUUUUUAAGCACUGGGGUCAUAUUGGCACAUUUCCAGUCACUUGGGACUUGACCUGUUGUUAAUGAUUGAUUGAAUAUAAAUUGCAGAAAUGGGGCAAUUUCUUCUGCUGCUUCUUUCAGCACCCAGCAUGAAAUGCCAUCGGGACCACUGGCUUUCUUUGUGUUGAUAUUCCCGAGUAGGGACACUAUGCCCUUGGUCUGAAAUUCAAGUGGGUGUAUAUCUGAAAUACCACUGCUGUCCAUAUCUGGGAUCGUGUCUGCAUCCUUAUCUACAAAGACUGCCUUGAAUUGGUUGCUUAGGAUUUCUGCUUUAGCUUUGUCAUCCAUUAUUUCAGUAUUUUCAGAAUUUAAAGAACUAAUGCCCACAUUGUCUUUUCUUUUGGACUUGAUGUAGGUCCAAAAUUUCUUUCCAAUAAAUGGUGAAUUCUUCUUGCCUGACCAGGUUUUUCUGUAGCUCUUUAAAUUUCUUCCAAUGUUGCGGAUUUUGCAUCCGUUUAGCGAGGUUAUAAACUGUUUGUUUUUUCCUCAUCAGUCUCCUUAACCCUGGGGUGAUCCAAGGUAUUUUCCACCUGCCACUGAUGGUUUUGGUGGGGACAUGGUUCUUGAUAGCCAUUAGAGUAGACCAUUAAUUUUAAUACACUUACUCCUGACUACUGUAUUUUGUUAUACUAUAGCUGUAAGCUUAAAUGGGCAUGCUUUCUCGUUUUUAUUUUUUAUUUCGACUCAAGCUUAAUAUACAUCUACCUUGCCUGCGAGACUAUCCAGUUUUUUAGAAGCAGCGAAUGCAAAUACGUCUGCGGUUCACAGGCUUCAGCUGUCAGUUGACCUGCACCAUUAUGAGGCAAUGUUUCUUUAUAAUAUUGGAUUAAACACCUCGCAGCCAAUCGCUAGCGUCCUUGCAAAUGGUGCAUGUUGACUCUCAGCUGUAACAUAUACUAAGCACUCUAAAUUCGAGAUUUCUUAUAAAAACAAAUCAUAAAAUAAGAUUUUGUUCUCGCAAAUUCAAAGUGCCUGUUUAUUGUCCUAUGAUUUGUUUUAAAUUUUCUUGUGAAAUAAGAAAACUUUUUCAUAAAAAUGAGAGAUUCGGAGCAAUCUUGAACUUACAUGUAGAGUGAAGGCCUUUGACUUGGCUUGACUUUCAAGUUUCCUGAUGAAAGUAUACCACAGGGAAGCCAAGUUCGGUGUAUAAAUAAUAAUAAUAAUAACUAGGAUAUGUUUGUUAGGCGUACAGGUAGCAGUUGAGGGGGAGGGAUGGAUGGUUAUUGCGAUAGAUUAAUUUUAUCAUGGCAUAUUUUAAAUGUAAGGAUUGGUUACAGUGAAACCUCCAGUUAAACUGUGUAUCAUUAUGAAAAAGUCUUGAAGGCUAGUGAUAUCGUAUAGUUCGUCUCAACAAGUGCAGUAAUUUGGUCGAGUGUGUUGAUUUCAGUGACUUGAGUGGAGCUAUUGUGGGCUGUUUAUAAGUUUUUCUGAAUGAAUAACACAGACCUAAAAUGUCCAUUUGUCCGGUGCCAAAAAUAUCACAAGUCAUGACGAAAUGGCCCCGCUGAGUUUCACAUCUUGGUAUAUUUACGUUGUGGCACAAUGACCGCCAACCUACACAACUUGGUAGAUUUGCUUUGUGGCACAACGGCCGCCAAAACUUUUGAAAGAUGAACGCUUUGAAAUGCUUUGAAAGAUUUAGCAAACACAGAUCAAUAGCUGACCUUCAGCAAACUCUUGAAAUAUCUACGCUUUACAAAGAUUCAGCAAACUUUUAAAAGAUGAACGCUUUAUGAAGACAGAAUAGUAGACCUCAGCAAAAGUUGGAAGAUGAAUGCCGAGGACACACGAAUCACCACGUGAGUUAAUGCAUCAAUGUGAGGCAAAACGUAAGCAAGCACCUCAAAGCGAGGCAAAUGUGUGUUGAUUUAAUACAAUCUCAAAAAACCUUGUUUAUUAAUUGCACAGGACACCCAAUAAUGCACAAAACACCCAACAGAAAUUAGGGGUAGCAUUCUCCUACCUCAAAUGCAAUAACAAGGGGUUCCAUAUUGGAAGUAAAGUGCUGCCCCAUGUAGAAAGAUAAAAGGUUUGGACAGGCAUUAAUUAAUAUUAAUUUGGGUUCCCUACUAAAAGCAGUGCUCGAUCUUAACAUUUGUCCACUCAUCUUCCCCACUAGUCCUCUGGACUAGUAAAGUUAUCACUCUCUGAGAAAUACACUUAAUUUUUUUUUUGUAUUGUACCAAAAAGGGCCUCGAAACAAACAAGGAAUUGCCUAAGGCAAAGGUCUUAAAAAUUGAACAGGCAAAAAGUUCUCUUGCUGAAUAAAAGUCUGGGUUCUACUUGAAACAAAAUGCAUCGUGGGAUACAGGAUGGCGGCUUUUGUAAUUUCCUCUCGAAGGUCGUUAUCUAUUUUUCUUUGGUGAAUUGAAACAUGAGCCAAAGUAUGUUGAAACAGAAACCAGUGCAAGGCCCACUGUACUCUUUCCUUGGAGGAAAGCAAUCAUCAGAUGAUAAAGAAAUUAACACAACACCUGAAACACCUGCUUCGACCAAAAGAACAUGCAAGUACUAGGAGGCAUGGAAGGAUAAGAAGGGCUGAGGUUUGAAGGAAAGGAAAACAAAAUGUUCAGCAUUUUUUGUAGAGAAUUCUCGAAUAGGAAGAACUUGCAAUACUCCCUGAGGAUCAGAACAAAUAAUUUCCAAACAGAAAGCCUGAAAGCACAUAUCAUGAGGCCAGUGAGGGACAUGCUUUGACCAACGUUCAAGAAAAUGAGAUUUCUUUUUAACAUAGCAUAUUAAAUUGUAUAUUCAAAACUUCUGUGUUUUAUCUUCCCACGGUUGUGUUCGUUGCAAAGAAAGAAUGGUUUGUCCCUUGGAAGCACAUACAUGUACAUGAAUAAUCACGCUUGUAAAGAGUUUUGUAAACAUAUCUCUCAUGUCUUCAAAGUAGAUCUUGUGGAUAUAUAAUUAUCUAUAAUGGUUGAUGGAGCAACAGAUGUCUCAUGCUUAGAAGAAGAAAUAAUAUUGUAUUUCCACAGUUCGAAAUGACAACUUUACAGUUGCUAAAAGAAAGCCUGAAAAAAAAAAAAGAGUAAAAGUUGCAUAAAAAACUGCAAUGAUCUACUUUCAAUCAUAUAAUAAUUUAUUCUAAUUCACUGUGCAGUUCACUAUAUUAUUUUCUUAUAUUCAUAACUUCAUCAUCAUCCUUUCACGGGUUUAUAACGAACCAAUUCAAUGAUCUGCUCCCAGUUGGCUUGUUAGCUCAUUUGGAGGGAGUGUUGCACCGGUAUUGCAGAGGUCAAGGGUUCGAAUCCCGUACAAGCCUGAAUUUUUUUCAGCCCUUCUUUUCGCAACUGCAAAAGUUGCAUCUCUAACUGCAAUGAUCUACUUUUAUAUAAUUCCUCACCCCAAAGUUCACGUAUACGAUUUUCAUAUAUCCAUAACUUAAUUAUAAUAUUUUUUAUAUUACAAUGCCUUAGAAACUAGUCCUUUGCUCAAAAGGAGUUGGAAAGGAAGACAUGGCACUGUGGAGGGAAAAAGGGCAUGCAACACGAAGUGAUGCCAUUAGCUGUGGAGUGUAUGUCAUAAAGGUCAGUUUUUAAAUAGAUGGGGAAAACAGCCGACAUUUUGCAACACAACCACUGGUUUCCCCACGCAAUGACAUGUAAAUGUGAAUGCUGAAAUUCCAUACUGAUGACGCAUCAAUACCCAGAUCUCAAUAGUGUUUCUGAUUGGCUGAAGUAAAUUUACCACCCAGCAUGACCAAUCAGAAGCAUAACCCAGAUCUGGGUAGUGAGACGUCAUCAAUAUGGUAUUUCUGCACUUGUUUCUCGGAUGUCAUUUCAAGAACAUAUCAGAUUUGAAAAUGUACUUUUGCAUAUCUUUACUGCACAUGGUGGCUCAUGACCUUAUGAAUAUUCCACUUAAGAAUAAAGGCCUAAGUUCGGAUCACUAAAAUUACAAAAAAAUGUUCUCUUAAAAUAAAAAAAAGAAGAAGAAAAGAGAGAAGAAAAAGAAGUGAAUACCAUAAGUACGUAGUAGUUUUAGGAGAGGGUAGCUCAACAGACAUAACUACACCCUGUACCCUGUAGACAAUAGGAUAUAAACCAGAGAAUAAACAUAAAAUUAUUUCUUAGAUAGCCUGGAUAGUUAUAGGUAAAAAACUAGAUCUUGUACAAUAUAAUUUAAACCUAUCAGCAACAAAUAUGAGCAUCAGGAAUGGUGCAUGAAGAAGAUGAAGCCACAUGACAAGCAGCAAAGCCAAAUGCAUAGGGAAUCCGUGACAACACUGUGAGCGGCAGCCACCACGCAAAAUCAGUGGAAACUAAAAAUGGCUAUCACAUACUUACUAUAAUCCUGUAAGAGAAAUCUAAGAAUUUGCUCGUUAAAGGCCGCAUUCAUCUUUUCAUUAUAAAGGGCACCACAAAGGUGCCAUAGGCUUUGAGAAAAAAAUACAGAGAAAUAGUCAAUGUUUGUUCAAAAUUCAUAUCCAUGUUUUGUCUCAUUUUUGUUUCACCAGUGACUUUUAAGUAAAAGAAUUUGUAAGGUUCAUUGAUGACAGGGGAUGCUCCCUUAAAGGUAAGCUUGGAAUAACACAUGUACACAGCUGUAUAUAAUUUUCAAAGCUAAGUACUCAAAUACUUUUUUUUAACUGUUAUAUUCCAUCAUUACAAGUAAUCUAGUUUGGCCACUGAAAUGCCCUUGAGGACCAGUGCUAAGCAACAACAGAAAUUGAAUAAAUCCUUGUUAAAAGAUCUAUCGGACUUCAGUUUCAGAGGUAACUUGGUCCUUGCCCAUGGCCAAUUUAAUAAUUCACUUAACAGUGAGCUCCCCACUAGAUGAGAUCUAGCCAGAAACAGGGCCUUCAUUUUCAUAAUAUUAAUAGUGCAAAGGUGAUAGCGGGACAAGUGACCAUUAACAGACAAUUGUAACACCACAGACCAGUGAUUUGGUUGUCAUUAAAUAGCCACUUGAUGGUAUGGCAGUUGGAUAUAAAACUGUAAAAUGCUUGAAUCCAGGAGUCAUUUGAUAAGUAGGUGGAGCAUGAUCGCCUUCAGGGUGAACAUACAGCUUCUGUAGUCCUGAAAAGGACUGUUGUUGACCGUGACUGACAUUUCUGCACCCUGUGUGGUAGUCAUUUUCAGAGGAAAUUAUAUAUACUAUCAACUGACAUGAUACAACUCACUUUGACUCUGGUUAUUGACCUGACUGGUCAAUUAAGUUGCAAUGUUAAUGGUUGUCUGUCAGUUGACAGUUAGGCCAUGAUGUUAUUGGCUUUGAAGACUCAAAUAGAAUGAUAUUAAUUACCGUAUUUAUUCGAUUAACUGCCCUGGGUGCUUAUUAAAUUUUUGGACCAUUUUCAGCAAGUGUAGUAUGUUUAUUUUGCAACAAAACAAUAAAUGCUAAUAACAAAACGCGAAGAAGUAACAAAUCAAGGUUUCUGUAAAAUACUCUGAAGAAGACUUAUUAGAAUUUAUUCACUCAAGUGGGUGGGGUGGGGUGAGUGCUUAUUUGAGUUUGAUUGGGAGGAGGAGGGGGUGGGCGCUUAUUCAAAGCUGGGCACUUAUUAACUUUUUCUGCCUUUAGGAUGGGCAUUUAUUUGACGUGGGCGCUAAUUCGAGGUUGGGCGCUUAUUUGAAUAAAUAACGGUAUUAAUAUCAUUCAUUUUGUAGAUUUUUUUAUUGUUCAUCAAACUAUCGGUUGUCUAGUCAAUCCACUCUCUUGUAGUUAGUUUUGCUUGAGUUAUCAAUAAGUAGUUUGUACAGUGCCAGUAGCUGUUGACUACAUGUACGAUUCAGUGACACGAGUCUCAGUUGAAUUGAUGUUUGGUCGGAAAAGGGUACAUUGAAAAAAGGGAUUGUGUUAUUAAUGUUUGUUUGUUUUGUUUUCCUAAGUACUUUUUAUUAAAAGGCUCAAACAGUCAAGAUUAACUCUCGUUAGAAAGGGGAGUCUAUAGCACACUGUUUUGAUUUUCUUCAACUAAUUUGUCCUUUUGGUUCAUUCCCAGUGUAUGAAUUGUAUUACAUUCUGUAGGACUCUGGGAAGAUUUCUCAGUCUUGAGAGUCAAAAUCAAGUCUGCCUUCUUUUGGAGGUUGGUGGAAGGUUAGUCUUAAGCUCAUUACAAUUGGAAAUUACCUUUUUUCUUUAAAGGUGGUUUAUUUAAGUAAAAAAAAGCACUUUAUUUGAAUGUCAAUGUAUUUAGCAUGAACGUGCUAAUUGGGGACACUAUUUUUAAGUCUCCUGCUGGAGACGGAACCACCAUUUUACGUGGUCAUCAGAGCCACGCGAAGCUAUUUGCAGGGCAAAGGCAGUACUUUCAUUUCUCAGUCAUGUUAAUACCCUGAGUGUUGGUCUGGUCCCAGGAAUCGAACCUGCGACCUCCCGCUCUGCAGUCAAGCACAGCUCUUACCAACUGAGCUAAUCCUCUGCUGCGCUUUAGUAAUACAAUUCAUUUUAUUUCAGAGAGAAGUGCAAUGUGAAUUUGGUGAAAUGGAUCAAAAAA